GCUCAGCGAGUGCGGAAGUGGCUGUAAACUUCAGUGCGGGUGAAAAGGGUUCCGCCUUUACAUUCAUCCUGUAUCCGACACUUCUGGCAUUUUCCUGUUGUUUAGUCAGGCAUUUUCAGCCGUGAAGAAGGAGGAAUGGCUGGGAGAUUACCGGCGUGUGUUGUAGACUGCGGUACAGGAUAUACUAAACUGGGAUAUGCAGGAAACACAGAACCUCAGUUCAUCGUACCAUCAUGCAUUGCCAUCAAAGAAUCCGCGAAGGUGGGAGACCAGGCCCAGAGAAGGAUGAUGAAAGGCGUGGAUGACCUCGACUUCUUCAUUGGAGACGAGGCUAUCGACAAGCCCACUUACGCAACCAAGUGGCCCAUCAGACACGGUAUCGUGGAGGAUUGGGAUCUCAUGGAGAGGUUCAUGGAGCAGGUCAUAUUUAAGUAUCUGAGGGCGGAGCCUGAGGACCACUACUUCCUGCUGACCGAGCCUCCUCUAAACACACCUGAGAACCGGGAAUACACCGCAGAGAUCAUGUUUGAGUCCUUCAAUGUGCCAGGCCUUUAUAUUGCUGUGCAGGCAGUCUUGGCUCUAGCAGCGUCCUGGACCUCUCGGCAGGUUGGAGAGAGAACUCUGACCGGUACAGUCAUUGACAGUGGAGAUGGAGUCACUCAUGUCAUCCCUGUGGCAGAAGGCUAUGUGAUUGGCAGCUGCAUAAAGCACAUCCCCAUUGCAGGCCGUGACAUUACCUACUUCACACAGCAACUGUUGAGGGAGAGAGAGGUGGGAAUUCCACCUGAGCAGUCCCUCGAGACUGCUAAAGCCGUCAAGGAGCGCUUCAGUUACGUGUGUCCCGACCUGGUGAAGGAGUUUAAUAAGUACGACACAGAUGGCUCGAAAUGGAUAAAGCAGUACACCGGCAUCAAUGCCAUCAGCAAAAAAGAGUUUACCAUCGAUGUGGGAUAUGAGCGCUUCCUUGGCCCAGAGAUCUUCUUCCAUCCUGAGUUUGCCAAUCCGGACUUCACUCAGCCGAUCUCGGAAGUGGUUGAUGAGGUUAUUCAGAACUGUCCCAUUGAUGUGCGUCGUCCCCUCUAUAAGAACAUUGUUCUGUCAGGAGGUUCUACCAUGUUCCGUGAUUUCGGCCGGCGCCUGCAGAGAGAUCUGAAGAGAACCGUGGACGCUCGUCUCAAAUUGAGCGAAGAACUCAGCGGUGGCAAAUUGAAGCCCAAACCUAUUGAUGUGCAGGUCAUCACUCACCACAUGCAGCGCUAUGCCGUGUGGUUCGGAGGAUCCAUGCUGGCCUCAACACCUGAGUUCUACCAGGUGUGUCACACCAAGAAGGAUUAUGAGGAAAUCGGCCCCAGCAUCUGUCGCCACAACCCUGUGUUUGGUGUCAUGUCUUAGAGUCCACAGACCUACAGACGUGCGCGUAUACACGGAGGGAUUGGGGUUCGGGUGGUCGGGGCUGGGGAAUUUAAAAAGAAAAAAAAAAGCAGGCCACUAGAGAGAGAGGGAGAGGGGGAGAGCUCAUUUCGGUUAACACCAAACCUGUCUGCUGGAUCCAGAUGAUGAAUGUUUGUUCGUUUGUUUGUUCAUGUUAUUCCCACUACAAGGGAAAAAUGCGAUUACUACACCAAAAUGACUCCACCUCUUCUCUGCAUUUGCUCAGCAAUCUGUGGGUGUCUUAAAUAAAUAAAUAGCAAUCCCCCAUUGAAUUAAAAAAGAGUAAACAAUUCUAUUGACAUUCAUUAUGGUAGUGCUGCAGAAGACUGCUGGUGUUCAUGUUUUAAAGCAAAAAGCGACUCAAGCAAUUUAUUCCUAAAUAAGUUGACCAUGCCAGUCUUCUCUUCCGCUGUUCUCAAGUAUGAUGCAACUUGGGAUGAUUUUCAUGUCCUUUAGCAGGUAAAGCAGGGGGAAAUCUUGGACCAGGUUUAAAAAAAAAAAAAGAAACAAAAAUGUUUCACAGCUUUUGAUUCUUGUGCUUUUUCAUCAGUUUAAAAUAUGUACUUUUUUCUUGCAUUUUCAUCAAAUUAAUUUUAAAUAUGUGACUGCUUUUACCUCUGAUCAUAUCAUUAUAUAUUUACAUUUUCCUCUCUAGCAGGACGGAAAUGUGUUUAUCAAUAAUAGGAUUACAGUGAGCUUGAACAGGAAUGACUAUCGGACCAGUAUUGCUAACCUAGUGGACUUUUAUAUUUCACUGAACACCGAAUUACAGCAGGUUUGGAUUUGUAAAUGCGAUGCCUAAAACAUUCCAAUAAAGGCUAAAAAAUGUUUCUACAAAA